CGAGAUAGGGUCUCACGUUUGAGGGGUCAUUGGGUCGCUAGCCUUAAUCUCGGCCGGCGGCGACCAGGUCGUGUUUCCCGCACUGACACGCCCAUUCGCGCCCUCUGUCAUUUCCCAGUGUUUAGACCCGCCCCUACGACGAGCAGAGACGCGGGCCGGGCGCAAUUCUCUCCUCUUUUACUGGCGACAACGGGUGCCGGGAGACGCGACAUGUUGUAA